AUGGCCGUGCUUCGCUGCGGUCGUGCUCGCUUCGCUCGCGGCGACCGUAGCGAAGCGGCGGCCGUCGUUCCGCUCGACAUGCCCGGCUUCCUCCGCAGCGGCAAAAACUUUUUUCCGCGUAGGCAUUAUGUGAGAGGUUUCCACACUUUGUAUUAUGAAGGAUUUUGGAGGAGGAUUAUAUUAUACACAAAGAGGAGUUUUAUAAAAUUUUUCUACAGUUUGGCAAUUCAACAGCUUUUGGGUGUUUGGCAAGACAAGCUUUUUACCACGGUUUGGCAAUUCAACAGCUUUUGGGGGUUUGGCGAAACAAGCUUUUUUCCACGGGUUCGAAUGAAGACUGGCAGUCGUAUACGCUAUAAUGCAAAACGUCGUCAUUGGCGCCGCACAAAGCUGAAACUUUAAAUGAAUUGGGAAUAUGAGGGAAAAGAAAGGAAGGCUUUUGGAUAAGAAAAUUAAAAAUGUGUGUUAAAUUGUUAAAUGAUUUUUCUGAGUAAAUUUAUUGUUGACAAAAUUUUUUAAAUUUUUUUAAUUUAUGGUGUAUUUGCCUAAAAUCCGCAAAAAACUUUAUUCAUUUCUUGUCUCCGUUAGCGACUAAUUUUGAAUCUUUUUGUGGUUUUGGAUGGUUCAAGUGCCUAGUUCAUUC